AUCGCCGACCGAUCCACCUCAUCCAAGCGCGUUGCCGUGGUGUUCCUCCUUUCUAAAACUAGGUCAGUCUUUCCGCUCCUGGUCUGUGCAUAUCUUUUGCGCCGCCCCAUCCUUGCGCGCUACUUCCCAGAGCAGCAUAUAUCAAAAUUCGCAGGCAGAAGCUCGAGAGCUAGAAAGUUGACCUGUAAUAGUUCCAAGUCGUAUACUCUCUUCCUCCCUGCUUCAUCGCACGACUCGACAAAAUGGUGGACGCAAAGAUUCAAGAGCUUCUAUCCAAGCCCCGUUCGGAGUUGACCGAGUACGAAGUUGCUCAGGUCGAAGAACAUGAGCUCACCACCGGUCCCCUCUCCAUCCUCCAGACCGCCGUCCGCUCGCGCACACAAGUCCUGAUCUCGUGCCGAAACAAUCGCAAGAUCCUUGCACGUGUCAAGGCUUUCGACCGUCAUUGCAACAUGGUUCUCGAGAACGCGAAAGAGAUGUGGACUGAGACUCCACGGUUAGCCAACGGCAGCUACGGAAGGAAGGUCAACAAGGACCGCUUCAUUUCCAAGCUGUUCCUACGCGGCGACUCGGUCAUUCUCGUCUUGCUAUCAUAAGAGCUUGGAAGCACUGGGGAUUUGGGACGGUAGCGCCAGAUCGAAGCGCACGAAAUGGAGUUGGAAUGAA